AUGAGGAUGAUGUGCACCUUUGCCAAAGUUCCUUGGGAGGAUGUCAAGUACUCAGUCAAACAAAAAGCCAAGGGCAGCUGGAUUGCCCCGGAGUGGGAGCUAGACCAGAGACCGCAGCUGCGACAGCAAAAUCCGCUGGUGCAGCUUCCUUAUGUCAUCAACCAUUCAACUGGUGAGGUGAUUGCCCAAUCAAGCGCUGUUUACCUUUAUCUGGGCCGGAUUCUGGGGCUUGGCGGCGCCACUCACCAGGAACAGAUGGCCAACGAGCAGGUGCUGUUCUACUUGUACGGGAUGUGGAUGGAGAUUCGAGAUCUGGUCUAUCCCUCCUACACCAGCAGGACAGAAGAGAGUUUUCGAUCUUCGCUGGACAAUCAUUUCUCAGGUGUGUCCGCCCACUACGAAAAGCUGGAAGCGUGGCUGAGGCGAAAGGAUACUCCUUUCUUUGCCAGCUCAAGGCCGUGCACAGCUGAUUUUCAUGUCUGGGAGAUGUUGGACCAACAGGAGUGCAUGGCUCGUGCCUACGGCUUCGCAUCUCCACUUGGGGAUAGUGCUUGCUUGAAGGCUUUUUAUCAGCGCUUUCGAGAGCUUCCCGAGUUGGAACCGUACUUCGCCAGCGGAGACUACUCGUUGCCAAUGAACAACAAGAUGGCCUUUUACAAAUGCACGGACCAUAUACUGGAGACUAGAAAGCUGCCCAAGCUCUUCGCCAGUCUCCGCGAGACGCUGAGAAAGAAGUACACGACCUCGAAAAUCAUUCAAAGUGGUAGCCAGAUGGAAAUGAUCGCCUUGUCCUGGCUCGCGCAGCUGUUAGAUCCUUUGCGUGGCGCUUCUUCGGCGCCCGUGCCGACCACCCAGUUGGUUGGAGACAUGCCCGACGGCGACGGGGCGGAAGCUCAGGAGGAGAAGAAGGCCGAAGUCGUCAAAGACGAGAAGAUGGGCCAAGUGAAAGACGAGGAUCUCGACUGGAUUUGGAUCGGUGGCGCAGAGGACGCGCGAGACCGGGAAGCUCUCGAGCGCGCCAACAUCCGGUAUGUCCUAAACUGCACACCGCCGCGUUCGGAUGGCGGCGUGGCGAACGUGUACGAGAAGGAUCCAAAGUUCGAGUAUUGCCGUGUCUCGAUGGGCGACAAUGCCACAGAGACCCUGCAGUCUCGAUUCGAGGCAAGCUGGACCUUCUUGGAAAAGGCCCGAAUUCGCGAGGAUGGCUCCGUCUUGAUUCACUGCCAGCAGGGUGUCUCGCGCAGUGUGUCUAUGGCAAUGUCCUACAUGAUGAAAUACUACAGGAUAUUGGGUUCAAAUCAGCUUUUUUGUAGACAUCGUUGCGGCUGUUUCUGGAGUGAACACGCGUCUGUUUUUCCUGGCAGUGCCUCAAGUGCAUGUCAUGCUGGGCAGUGUGUGGCUCAGGCUGGCCACGCAGUAGCUUCGAAUCCUCUUUUAUGA